AUGCCCCCAGAGGCCUUGCCAGAGGUAGUGGCGUCCCCAGGGACCAUGCCAGUGGCGGUGGCUCCCCAGGGACCAUGCCAGUGGCGGUGGCUCCCCAGGGGCGGUGGCACCCACAGGGGCCCUGCCGGGGGCUGUUUUGGUACCCCCAGGAGCCUUGCCAGGGGAGGUGGAGCCAAUGGGGGCCCUGCCAGGAACAACAGCGAACCCAGGGGACCUCCCAAGGGUGGUGGUUCUCAUAGGGGCGAUGGUGCCCUCAGAGGCCCUACCAGGGGCCUUCCCAUGGACAGCGUUGCCCCAAGGGGACCAUUCAAGGGCGAGGGUCCUUCCCUUACUCCUACACCCCAGGGCCCUGCCAUGGACAGCGGCGCCCCCAGGGGAUCUCCUAGGGGUGGCGGCGCCCCCAGGGCCCUUCCAGAGCCAUUGGCACAACAAGUGGCCCUGCCAGAGGUGGUUGCGCUGCCACGGGGACUUCCAGGGGCGGUGGUGCCCACAGAGGCCUGCCAAGGGGCAACGACGCCCCCAGGGUCUCUUCUUAGGGGCAGCGGUGCCCCAUAG